UUCGUUAUGUCAUCUUGUAACGUUUGCGGUGUAAACAGACAUGCUAGUUGAGUUAUGACCCCCUGAAAGUACACACGUGUUUCAGCUAUGCCUUAUUACAGCCUUUAGGACAGAAGUUACUCCCUUGUUUUUGGGAAUUAAAAAUCCUGAAAGGUACCACGAUGAUUGAUUUCAUAGAAUACGUCAGUGGUGCUCUUGUAUUUUAACAGACGAAAUGAAUGGUCAAACUCCGGCUUCUACUGCCGUCAAUGGCAUUACUCCAGCCCAGCAGAUGAUUUCUUCCUGUUCUGGAGCCCUACUUACAUCUCUGCUCGUCACACCUUUAGAUGUUGUAAAAACCAGACUGCAAGCUCAGAACAAUCCCUUAGGCAAAGGCAGAUAUUUUGUCUACAGCAAUGGACUCAUGGACCACAUAUGUGUGUGUGAAAAUGGAAAGGGCUGGUACAAAGCCGCCGGCCAAUUCAGAGGCACCUUCGACGCCUUCUAUAAGAUAGUGUGCUGUGAGGGAAUCACAGCCUUAUGGAGCGGCCUGCCUCCAACACUUGUGAUGGCGGUCCCAGCCACAGUGAUCUACUUCACGUGUUACGACCAGCUGUGUGCCGCGCUGAGGGCGAGGAUGGGAGAGCGAGCCCAGGAGGCUCCGCUGUUAGCAGGAGCCAUCGCUAGAGUGGGUUCAGCGACCGUGAUCAGCCCCCUGGAGCUGAUCCGCACCAAGCUGCAGUCCCAGAAACAGUCUUACAGCGAGCUGACCAGCCUCAUCCGCUCUGCAGUGCAGGCAGAAGGCUGGUGGUCUCUGUGGAGGGGUUUGGGGCCCACCCUGCUCCGAGACGUGCCCUUCUCCGCCAUGUACUGGUACAACUACGAGCGGGGCAAGAGCUGGCUGUGCCAGUGGUAUAACGCCACAGAACCCACGCUCACCAUCACCUUCAUAUCUGGAGCCGGGUCCGGGUCUAUUGCGGCUAUCGUCACCUUACCCUUCGACGUGGUCAAAACAAGACGGCAGGUCGAGCUUGGGGAGCUGCAAGCUAAAAACUUGUCAGGUCCGGUUUCCUCCUCCACUUUCAGCAUCAUGAAGAAGAUUGUUGCACAAGAUGGCUUUCGUGGGCUGUUUGCAGGUUUCUUCCCCAGGCUGAUCAAAGUGGCUCCAGCCUGCGCCAUCAUGAUCAGCUCAUAUGAGUUUGGAAAAGCCUUUUUCCGCAAACACAACCAGGAGAGGAUACCUCGGCAACUCCACUCCACAAACACAUGAUUUGUCCCCCCCACCCAUGAAGCACGUCACCACGGCUACCGCUAGACUACAUAAGAAAAACAUAAUUUUGCUCUAAUCCUAAACACAGCAGCAGAAAUAGGAGUGAAACUAAUUAUAUCCAUAUUUUGAUAAAUGUAUAUUAAAUAUCUUAAAGUAUUUAUAAUUUAUUUUGUGAUUUAGGCUAUGAGAAGUUAUUUUUUUCAUGUAAAAGCAAAGUUGAGAUUACAUGUUGGACGUAAGAGACAGCCAGCAGAUGGCAGCCAGAGUUUGGUUUGUACUGAAUCCUCAGAUAUGUGACUUUUCUCUGGAAUCAUGUGCACUGUGCCUGAAGAUAGCUUUAUCCUGCUGCUUCUCACCAAAGAGCCAUGUUGACCGAAUUGUUAAAGUAGAGGGACGACCGGGAGCCACAAGAACUUCAUGAAAAUGUGAUUUCUCACAAUGUUCUGAUUUUAUUUCCUCUGCAUUUCCACGUCUUCCCACUCCACCUGUUUCUGUGGACAUCAGCACACGUGUCUGAAAGCAAGUUGUUUAUUUAAAAUAAAAUAUUUAAAAAAAUGC